UCGAUAUCCGUCGGCGAAUUUAUAAAAAAUACAUACCUAAUUCCUACCAAAUGAUUCUCACGACCCCUACGAUUGUCCGAGGAAUUGCUGCAUUCGCCAAGCAGGCUGCCGCGCGAACGCUCUACACGACACAAAUAACCAUGGCGCCAAUAAAGGUUGGAGACCCAAUACCUUCUGUGGAUUUAUUUGAAGAUUCUCCGGCAAAUAAAGUCAAUGCGCAGGAAUUAUCAUCGAAUGGAAAAGUCGUAAUGUUCGGUGUGCCUGGUGCUUUUACACCGGGAUGUUCAAAGACACAUUUACCCGGGUACAUUGAGAAGGCUGAAAAGAUGAAGUCGGAGGGGAUCAAAGAGAUAGUUUGCGUGGCGGUGAACGAUCCCUAUGUGAUGGCUGCUUGGGGUAAGGAACAUAAUGCUAAAGGAAAGAUCCGUAUGCUGGCUGACCCAGCAGGCAAUUUUAUCAAGGCGUUAGACCUGGGAACGAACCUUGCGCCUCUCGGUGGUUUCCGCUCUAAGCGCUUCUCUAUGGUCAUAGAAAACAGCAAGGUGAUCGAGCUCAAUGUGGAACCCGAUGGGACUGGCCUCUCCUGUUCGCUUGCUGACAAGCUCAAAUACAAAAAAUAGAUUUAAAAUGAAAUGAAAAUCAAAUCAAUGAAAAGCAAUGUUUUGUUCAAUUUGUAAAGAUUUUUCCAUAGUUAAAUCACUUUUACUUAGAUAGUUGCUUUAAUUUGGCACCUGCACCUAUGGAAAUUAUACUAGUUGGAGGUGUCAAGUUCUAACAAUGUGUUUGUCUCAGUACCUUAGAGCUAAUUUGUCUAACUCAAUAAAUUAAAAUUGAGGCAGAUUUGGUCAACUGUAAAAUAUUUAGUUGAUAAGACUCCUUCAACGCCUAGUGAGAUCAACACCUAAUUACCUAGCUUUAAAAUAAAAUUAUACGGAUCCCCUAGACUGUCAGCACUCCUUGUGAUAUUUCAACUCAAUUAUGUAUAGAAUAUAUUAAACUUUUUGACAGUAAAAAUUGUUUAAAACUUUGUUUUGUAAUGAUCCUUUAAUCGUUUUACGUUGCUUGUAUGUACAUUGUAUUUUGUAAUGUCUGCUUUAAUAUAACGCAUUUUUAUGUAGUC